GCUCGUUCAUAUAGCUUAGAAAACUGAACGCUCGACAAAUCCUAACACCAAUUUCUUCUGCUUUACUUACCCAUAAAAAAAUAAAGAAAAGAAUUUCUUCUGCUUUCUUCUUCUUCUAUCCCCCAUUCGAUCUCUGGCACUUAACCUCAAUUCAAAAAUCCUUAUGCCAGAGAUCGAACCCCAUGUUCCUGAUAAUGCCCUCUUCGGCAAAUACGAACUUGGUCGCCUUCUCGGCUGCGGCGCCUUUGCGAAAGUUCACCACGCUCGCGACGUCCGUACCGGCCAAAGCGUCGCAAUCAAAAUUAUCAACAAGAAAAAGCUCUCCAAUUCAAAAUUGGCUUCUAAUAUCAAGCGUGAGAUCUCAAUCAUGCGGCGGUUGAACCACCCUAAUAUCGUUAAGCUUUACGAAGUUUUAGCCACCAAAACGAAGAUUUACUUCGUCAUGGAGUUCGUUAAAGGCGGCGAAUUGUUCGGCAAAGUCGCCAAAGGGAGGUUCUCUGAAGAUCUCAGCCGUAAAUAUUUCCAGCAGUUGAUCUCAGCCGUCGGAUAUUGUCAUUCUCAUGGAGUUUUUCACCGUGAUUUGAAGCCGGAGAAUUUAUUAGUAGACGAGAAUGGCAAUUUAAAGGUUACAGAUUUCGGACUCAGUGCGGUAACAGAUCAGAUCCAACCCGACGGGUUGUUACAUACGCUUUGUGGGACCCCCGCUUAUGUGGCACCGGAGAUUUUGACGAAGAAGGGUUACGAUGGAGCGAAGGUGGAUGUGUGGUCAUGUGGCGUCAUUCUGUUCGUUUUAACGGCGGGUUACUUGCCGUUUAACGAUCCCAAUCUUAUGGCCAUGUAUAAGAAGAUUUAUAAAGGCGAGUUCCGGUGUCCGAAGUGGAUGUCUAAGGAUCUUAAACGGUUUUUAUCACGGCUUCUUGAUACGAACCCUGAAACAAGGAUCACCGUUGAUCAGAUUAUCAAUGAUCCUUGGUUCAAAAUGGGCGGAAUCAAACCGUUGAAAUUCUAUGAUGGUGAUGAGGAUGAAAUUAAGUUUGAUCAAGAGAAGCCUCAAGUGAAGAGCUUGAACGCUUUCGAUAUAAUUUCGUUUUCGUCGGGUUUAGACUUGUCGGGUUUGUUCAAUGGGCACGAUACUUCAGGUGGUACCGGGGAGCGUUUCGUUUCAAAGGAGAUGCCAGAGAAAUUGAUAGAGAAAGUGGAGGAGUUAGCAAAGGUUGAGAAACUGAAAGUGAAAAGGAGAAAACAAUGGGGGGUUGAAUUGGAGGGGCAAAAUGGAAAUAUACAAAUUGCGAUUGAGAUUUACCAGCUAACGGAGGAGCUAAUGGUGGUGGAAGUUAGGAGAAGUGGUGGUGAUGCGGCGUGUUUUAACCGCGUGUGGAAGGAUAAACUUAGGCCACAACUUGUGGUGGCUCAUUAGAAAGGAAGGGACAAUAUGUAGGGAAAACAAGGUGAGGUAGAUUUUUCUGUAAAUUAAUAGAUCGAAAUAGGUAAAUUUAUGAAUGUAAUUCUAUCUGGUUGUAUUUUGUAAUAUGCAUUUGAAAUAAAAAAUUGUUGAAAAUCGGGAUUUGAUGCCGUAA